GUGUCGACAUUGGACGUUGGUUCGGUUGCCGGCGCCGAAAUCCGAACGGGCCGAGCGCCGCGUCAAACUCGCCUCCGCCGUCAGUCUCGCAAUGGCGUUAGUGAGCGUCGGUCGUGUGUUCGUUUGAUUUCACAACAACCCGAGCGGACACCGGCCCAAAAUAUUGGCCUGUCUAUUUGUGCUCGAAUUACACGGAAACGCUUCCCGUAAUUCCGGUCAAAACAAAGCGAACUAACCGCCGCCACGGACAGUCAAAUUUUGGUACGAUAUCCACUCCGGGCAAAUCAUUUCAAGAUCAUGUCCAUAUCAUCGUAGUUCCUCAUCGUUAAGUGUUUGUGUUUUGUGGAUAUAAGUGUAUAAGUGACAGUGUGAGUGUAGUGAUGGAACCGGGAUCGCCGUCGCUGCUGUGGCCGCUGCGCGCGAGCAAGCCGGGCCCUGAGGCGAGCAAGGAGGAGCGAGCGGCGUCGCCGACGCUGUCGGAGCGCCUGGCCGCCUCGCCCGCCUCGCCCGCCGCCAGCCCGCAGCCGCCGAGCCCGCAGCCGCCGCAGCACCACUUCCAGGCCGCCUUGGUGGCCGAGAAGUACCUCCUGUUGGAACAGGUCGAGGGAUCCUCUCUUUGUCGGUGUGUGGACGUGCGCACUCAAGAGGAAUAUGUAUGCAAGGUGGUGUCCCGAGACUGCAGCAGUUUGUUACAAGCGCACUACCGCCUCGAUGGGCACCCGCACGUCAACCCCAUCCACGAAGUUCUAGUCGGCGACAAGAGAGUUUACCUAAUAUUCCCUCGGUCGCACUCUGAUCUCCAUUCUUACGUGAGGGCGCGGAAACGGCUGCGCGAGCACGAGGCUCGGCGGCUCUUCCGACAAAUGGCCGAGACGGUGGCCGCGUGCCACGAACAGGGAAUAGUGCUCCGAGACCUCAAACUCAGGAAAUUCGUCUUUGCGGAUCCCCAAAGGACGACGUUAAAGCUAGAGUCAUUAGAAGAUGCGGUAGUGCUGGACGACCCCGAGGAGGACCUUCUCCAGGACAAGCGAGGCUGCCCCGCGUACGUGUCGCCGGAGAUCCUGCGCGCGCACCGGACGUACUCCGGCCGCGCUGCCGACAUGUGGUCACUCGGCGUCAUCCUGUACACCAUGCUCGUUGGGAGGUAUCCAUUCAACGACUCGGAGCACGCGUCCCUGUUCGCUAAGAUCUCGCGCGGGUACUUCGUGGUGCCCGAGUGCCUGUCGUCGCGGGGCAAGUGUCUCAUCCGCUCGCUGCUGCGGCGGGAGGCGUGCGAGCGGCUGAGCGCGGCCGACGUGCUGCGCCACCCCUGGCUCGCCAGAGACCCUCGCAACGAGCUGCCCCCCAGAGCGGCCGCAUCGCACGACCGUCUCGUGCCCGACCUGCACCUCGAGCCCGAAGACUACUUCUAACAGUCCCGACCUAAGCCAGCAGCAGCUCGCCCGGUGCUGGCAUCGGGCCUGUACAGAGUUCCGCGCGUAGUGAAAAUGUCAAAGUUAUUUAUGAAUUUAAAUAAGUUAUUCCGGCCUAAGUCGCGGCAGCCUCACUGAAAUAGUCCGCUCGUUUUCAGUAAGUGAGCCAAAUAGGUCUCCGUGGAGAUUUUAGUUAGUUAAGCAGACGCGCGGGCGGCUGGCCCGUCCGCGCACUAAUUUAUACUGCGCCCGCGCUGCCGCGGGGCGCGCCGCCGAGUUAGUACGGCGGAGCGUCUGUGGCGGCCGGGCGCGCUGUAGUCCUAGCGUUCGUAUGACAGAAUAAGUGAGACUGAUAUCGCGUUCUUGUGAUCUAUGGAGUCGAUGGCGAUCCCGCGGCGGCCGCUGCGCCGUCGCAUAAUUUAUAAAGAGCAUUCUGUUAAAUGUUAACUAUUACGUUAAUUCCUCUGAGCGUGAUGCAUUCAAACGAUUUCACUUCAAUAUAGAUCCUAUAUUGCGCUGAAGUUGUUACGCUAAUGUUAGGUAAAUUAUGUAUAUUUUGUAUUUAUAUAAAGUUUCGUGUAUUGUGAUCUCCACCGAUGUUAUUUAGCGAUAUAUGAUUGCCAUUACGUUGUUAUUCAGAAGUGAUUUCUUUUGUUGCACAACGAUCUGUUGCUUCCAUCAUAGAGUUAUUUUGAUUAUAUUAUUUGGUUAUUGAAUCGUGAUUAUUCGGCAAAUCGACAUGCGGAAAUUUAUUUUAUUAUAUGAGUGAAAUUGUUAAAAAUAUAUUCGCACCACCUCGUACCGAAGGCGUUUGGAUUUGGUCUGUGCCAUGUAUUUAAUAUUAAUAGUGAACAUAAAUGGAUAUAAUAUAUGAGCAGCGUCUGCGGUCGCUGGGCACUUUCUUCCUAAACUAAUUUAUUUCCAGUUUGGUACUUGGUGUUGAGUUUUUAUUUUGAUUGUAAAUUUUUGAUCAAUUUUUAGUUAUUAUUAGUUUGUUCCAAAUCGAAAGUUCCAAAUCAAAAAUCAGUGUUACCAUUCUUUAAAUUGUUACCUUUUGUAAUUUUGUUAAAUCAUUUCUUACACUUCUGAUUGUUAUCUUUCAUUGUCGAAAGCGUAACUGUUUAGUCUUUCAAUUGAAAGUGUUGUACAAUAGUAGCGUUACUCUGUAAAAUAAAAUAUUACUAUUACUUCUUAAUUUAUACAAACUGUAAAUAGACCUAAGAUAUCAUGAGGAUUAUCAAAAAAGAACGAAUGAUAGAGGGAAUAAAUAAUUAAGAAACAUA